GGGUACUCUCGAAUAUAAACAAACGUUACAAAAUUACUAUUCUCACAACGAGGGAUAUUCAGCAAAAAGCCAGGAACUUUUCAGCACUCCCUCAUUUAUGUUUAUAUUUAUUUAUAUAUAUAUAUAUAUAUAUACAUACACAGUCACACAUACUCAUACACUCAGGAUACAGACACACUAAAACACACACACACUUAUAGGGACACUAACACAAACACAAUGACAUGAACAUACAUACACACACAGAUACAUUGACAGAUAUACUAAUAAAGACAGACUCACACACACUAACAGAGAGAUUACCAUACACACACACACACACACACAAAGACAUUAACGCAAACACACAUACAGAGGAUGAUAAACGCAGACGCACACACGUGCACUAACACAUACACACAUUAAUACAAACAUACACUCACACACAUACACAUACAGCGAAAUCAAUGUAGAUACACUAACGUAACGUAUGCACAUGCACACAUUGUAACACAUUAACACAAACACACGCAGUGGCAAAUAAACGUAGACGCACUUAAACACACUAAGACUAACACACGUACACAUAUAUUAACACCAGCACGCUACCAUUCACACAAACCCACACAUAGAAGCAUUAACAUCGACACACUAACACCACCACACAGUCCCCUCUCUCUCUCUCCUGUUAAUCUAAUAUGGCGAAAGAGGUAGAAACACUCGGGAGUAUCUUGGUGUCACAUUCAUUUCAGUAAUCCCAUUGUAGUACGUACUCCAACAAUCAGAAUAUACUAGUCGUCCCUGGUUUGAUAAAUUUGUUAAUAAGUGGUAAAAGAGUUUCAGAAGAACGGUCAGGUACAAGGUAACAGGAUACCGGAUGACACUGGCAUUAGAGGAUGUUUUUUGCCUUAGAGACAUCAUCAAUAUGUACCAUUUUUAAAAUACUAAAUGAAGAUUUUAUACAAAACAGAUAUAACCUUCUUUAUAUAGAUUUACUGUGAAAUAUUUUGUCUGGCUUAGAUUAUUUAGUAAAACUUGUCUACUUCACUCUCUGGAAUAUGUUCAAGAUGAUAUUGUGGUCUAAUUAACCCUUUAGCAUUUAAACCGGCCUUAUCCGGCCAAAAGUAUUCUGCCUGUUUUAUGUUCAAACAGGCCAGAUCUAGUCUCUCACACCAACCCUACAAUAUCGUUUUAAAAAUUAACAGCUACCUCAUCAAAAUCUCAUAGCUACAAGAUAAUGCAUGGUUAGUUCAAAACAAUGUGGAUGACAAAGCAUUAAUUUUGGCAGAUUAAUGCGAACACUAAAGGGUUAAACUUGGAUUACAAAGGAGCUUUUAGCGUCUUCAGAUAUUGAUUAAGAUCUUGGAAAUAUCACAGAAUCACUCUUUGUUAGGAAUGAAAUAGAAAAACAAGAAGAAAUUAAAAAGCAUCUGUAUAUUGUGAUGAGACAAAGAAAAUGAUGGAAAGUGAAUUGUGUGAUGAUAAUGUUAAAUGUAAAUCAGAGUCUAAAACGACUGGUUUUACUGAUGAGGUGUCAACUGAUAUGGGUAAAAUAUCUUACGAAUGUAAUAUCUGUAAAAAAUCAUUCACUCAAAAAGGUAAUCUUAAAAAACAUGGACGUGUUCAUACGGGAGAGAAACCAUAUCAGUGUAAUAUCUGUGGUAAAUUCUACUCUCAGUCGUGUGGCUUGACUACACACAAACGCAGCCAUACAGGAGAAAAACCAUAUCGUUGUGAUAUCUGUGGUAGGUCAUUCUCUCAUAAAUGGACCUUAACAGAACACAGAAACAUUCAUACAGGAGAGAGGCCACGCUGUGAUGUCUGUGGCAAAACAUUCUCUCAAAUAAGUGGCUUAAAUACACAUAAACUCAUUCAUACAGGAGAGAAACCACAUCAUUGUAAUAUCUGUGGUAAAUCGUUCAUUCAGAAAGGUAAUUUGAUGGAACACAAACGUAGUCACACAGGAGAGAAGCCAUAUUACUGUGAUAUCUGUGGUAAAUCUUUCUUAAGUGGAAGCAGUUUAAAUGCACACAAACGUUUCCAUACAGGAGAGAAACCAUAUCAUUGCGAUAUCUGUGGUAAGUUAUUUUCUCACAAUAGCGACUUGAAAAAACACAAACGUAUUCAUACAGGAGAGAAGCCAUAUCAUUGUGAUAUCUGUGAUAAAUCAUUCUCUGAUGGAAGUAAUUUAAUUGCACACAAACACACACAUACAGGAGAGAAACCACAUCACUGUGAUAUCUGUGGUAAAUCAUUCAUUCAGAAAGGUAACUUAAUUGAACACAAACGUAGUCACACAGGAGAGAAGCCAUAUUACUGUGAUAUCUGUGGUAAAUCCUUCUUAAAUGUAAGUAAUUUAAAUGCACACAAGCGUUUUCAUAUAGGAGAGAAACCAUAUCAUUGCGAUAUCUGUGGUAAGUUAUUUUCUCACAAUAGCGACUUAAAAAAACACAAACGUACUCAUACAGGAGAGAAACCAUACCAUUGUGAUAUCUGUGAUAAAUCGUUCUCUGAUGGAAGUAACUUAAUUGUACACAAACGCAUUCAUACAGGUGAGAGAAAAUUUCACUGUGAUAUCUGUGGUAAAUCAUUCUCUAUAAGCAGUAACAUGACUGUGCACAAACGUAUUCAUACAGGAGAGAAGCCACAUCACUGCAAUAUCUGUGGAAAAUUUUUCUCUGAGACAAGACAGUUACACAUACAUUUGUGUAUUAAAACAGAAUUGUAACUCUUUCAGUAUUUUGUAUUUUUCUAAUUGGUUUGCAAAAUUGAAAUAAAUUUUUUUGUAUCUCAACAAAGUCACUAUGUCAAUAAAAAACGUACACACAA